AGCUUGUUGAUCGCAGCUGACGCGAGCGGUUUGCUUACCACGGGCUGCUGCUCUAUUGCGUAAAUCAAGUUAUUGUGGUGCUGCUGCUAGCGUUAUCGUGUUGUGCCUCGCCAAAGAUCCCGCGAACUUUUACCUUGCCACACAAAACCGAAAGUACGAGUACAAGAGCAGAAUGGUUGUGGGCGCAUUUCCAGUAGCCAAGCUUGGCAUACUUGCCAUGAAGCAAAUUUCCAAACCGGUAGCCAACAUGCUGAAAGAGCGUGCGAAACACAGCAAUUUCUUUCGCAAGUAUAUUUGCAUGCCACCGGCACAGCUUUACCAUUUCGUGGAGGUGAAGACGAAAAUGCGGGCCCUGAAUCUGGGCAAACCUACCACCGUGCCCAACCUGAACGAAGCGAUGGCCAUCGAGCUGGGUGCGAACUUGCUGGGCGAGUUCAUCAUUUUCGCGAUAGGUGCCGGGUUACUUUUGUUGGAGUAUCAAAGACAGGUGCGCAAGGAAGCUAACAAGGAUGAGAUGUUGUUGCAGGAGAAGCUGGAACAGCAGGCCGCCAUAAAUGAGCUAAACUUCCAAGUACAGCGCUUGGACACACAGCUGCGAGAAUUGGCCCGAGUUACGGCUGAUCUUGAGGCAAGAUCAUCGUGGAAACCGAAAAUUCUGGACGAGUUACCAUUCGGUAACAAGAAGAAUAAAAGCGAACAGGCGCUUUAUAUUCCUACCACACCUGACCGCAAGGAUCCUUCCGCUGCCAGUGGUAAUAGAGGCCUCAUUUCCCGUGCAUUGGAAAUUAUAGAUAAUGAAGUUUUUUACAAAGACAGCUCAGCAGACACUUCCGACGACGAAUACUCAGACCAGCGUCAGCCGGGCAUAGUCACCCGUAGCUUAAAUUAUCUACUAGCAACCAACUCUAACCCCUCGGAAGCGACCGAAAGACAAGGAUAGAACCCCCCGACGAUGGAUAACCACAUCACAGUAUACAGCCAUCGCACACCAUCCCAGUGGGGGUCUUGCAUGCCUGUUCUGUCCAUGGGGACGGCGGGUGGAUGUGGGUCGUUCAGUGCCAUUCUCAUGACGUGAUCAGCUCACCGGAUCCUCACGAUGGACAGCAGUGUACAGAUAUUGUUCCUUCAUUUUCGUUUGGUUUGUAGCUUGUGCGAGUGUGGUUUCCCGUUUUUACUUCCCGUGCUUUUAUAGUUUUUGUUUUCAAUUUAUAUUAUGUUAUAAACAAAGUGCUGUUAGUCAGGUUGACGUUAUACGAAGAUUGUAUCGUGUGUAGUUUAGCGUGCAGCAUGUGAAACACAUGCUUUAGUUGUAUUAUUUCCACGCAGGAAUACAAUCAAAUCAAACUCAUUGUGAAUGUGUUAUCGUACGUUGUGUUAUCGGUCUUACGGUUAGUUGCUUCUUUUAUUUUAUAACAAUUGAACAAACCGUGUUCAGAAUCUUUGAUUUCCUAGUAAUAUAGCGUUUUUCUCGAUUCGUUUCGUAGUCUUUCAUUUUUUUUUUUAUUCGUAACGAACGUCCUGGCCGUAUUGCUCGUAGUCUUUCAUUUAAUUAAGCACACUUAAGUCAAUGAAUUAAGAGCUAUCUCAAUUGUAGGUAUUUAUGAAUCGCUGGGGAAAAUACUAACGUAUUUCUCGUCCCCUUAGCACAAGGAAAAGUGUCGUGGAAAAUGGAUUUAUGUUACAAAACCUUACCACUCUAGUGUAAAGGUUUUACUGCUCUGUCGUAAAAAGAAGGAAGAAACAAAAGGUCACACCACCGAAACAUAUAUGCUCGGGGGAUAGCUAUAGCAAUACGAGUUGCACCCAUUACGAAACCCAUGAGUCCCCUAGCCAAAGGUGAAAACUCGUCAACGUACAGUGCUGUGAUGUGAUCGCGUUUCCGUGUAAAUAAUGGUGUGUAAAGUCGAAGAAGCGAGUAAUAA